AGAAGAAGACGACGACGACAACGACGACUUGAGUACUGCCAGCGAGUCGCGCGCACAGCAUCGUCCUCCACAACGUGUACAGCCUACCAAUAUGACCGUGUAAAUAUUAAUUAAGGUCCUCUACUCUUGUUUCCAUCUCCGUGCCGCGUGAUUAUAUUGUUGCCUCAAGCUGGGUCCGCCCGUCUUCUUCUUCCUCCUCAGCUAAUUUCCAUUAUUCCGUUCCAAUUUCCAACCGCACCCAGGAGCAAGUCUGGGUUCGCGCCACAGUUGGAGUUUCGACGGGUCUCGGUCGGGGGUGGUGCCUUCGUCGCGGCCGUUCGACCUACACCAUGGAAUCGCCGCAGCAGCAAGCCCCACCGCCGAGCCAGGGAGCUAGCUCUGGAAGCUGCGACGCUCCUCUGCAGCUAGCAGCUCGAUAUGGUGCCACCGUACCACGUACAUCCUCGCCACCUGCCUCAGUCACUCGGCCGGAAGUCAACAAUAGAAUGGAGCUAAAGAGCAGCAACAGUGAGACACUAUGUGACAGCUUGACGCUAAAUACGGUAUCCGUGAUGCUAACCGUCAGCUUCUUCAGAGAAGACGGGGACGGUGGUACUGACGUGUUUCUUGGCUUCUCAUGCGUGCUCGGUUUCAUCAUUCGCAAGUAUCUGUGGGUGCUGCGCUCCGAGAGCGCCCGGUUCACGGGUCUGGAUAUCUACACGAACACGGUCGUUCUAGUGGUCACCGCAUAUGCAAUGCUGCUCGCGAACAGUUUGCAGUACAUCAUCCUUGCUCCCUUCCCGAUCAGUGUGGCUGCCUUCAUCGCUUACCUGUACAAGGAAAGACUGGAGCACCAUGGCAGUAGUGGAGCUGAUCAGCAGGAUAAUAAGGACGGAUGCAAACCUGGGGACGGCAAUGGCAAGAAAGCCGGGGAGCUCGAAAUGGUGGUAGCGCCGUACUCUAUGCUGCUGAUCAGUGCAAUAGUGAUGCCGUACGAAGAUAGCCCUGUCCUCCUGUCUCACUUCCUGCUCUUCUCAUGUUGCGCGCUCGGGACGCUGGCGCUGCUCUACUCCAGACUGGCGGAAGCAAGUCCGGCCUUGAGACCAGCGUUGGAGUGCAUCCAGAUGGCCUACAUGGUGACGCUGUUCAUAACGGUGCACACGGUGGCCGCAGAAUGGCUGGGAGACGUCAUGGCGCUGGUCACCAUGCCGGAGUUGAUCGCAGGGCUUGUCUGGUUCUGUAAUCUUCUCCACGGCGACACUGCUUGUAAUACUGCAGCAGUAGCCCACAUUCUCAGAUCAGAUGAAGGUUCCAGCAGUAGUUCGGAUGCAACUCAUCAUCAAGUCCCAACAAAUUCGGAAACAAGACAAGGGUUCGUCUUCGAUGGGUCCAUGUUCACUCCCCUCGGAGCUGUUUUGGCAGGGUUAGUAACAUCCACUUUCGCACAUGACGAAGAACUCCUGGCCAGCUGGAACACCAAGGCGACCGUCGCCUGCAGCAUUGCAGGGUGUUUGCCAUAUCUCAGCAUAUGGAUGGUGUCGAGGUGGCCCGGGCGCAUACCUAGCUCAGACAAGGCGACUCGGCUGCUCAAGUUUGCUGCAAAUGUGUGCUUGACUGGAGCUUUUCUGAUGCUGUUUGCCUUGCUUGAUGAAAAGGCACUGGCCUAUCGUCUCUUUGGUUUGGAUGAGAUUAUUGAUCCUAGUCAACUCAAAUAUCUUCCGGCUGUUCACUUCAGUACAGCGGUAGCCCUGUAUUUCUUUCGGAAGCAUCUUGCUGGUGCGUUGGCAAAUUUAGGGGAGGAGCUAGGGAAUCUCCUAUCCCUCCUUAUUGCUGCUUCUCCAACAGAGAAGCAGGGGAGAAAGAGAAGGAGGAAGAAGAAGACAAAAAGUAUAGAUGUGAGAAGACGUCGAUAAUGAAGAGCAGCUAUAGAUGAGCUUCGUUCUAACAUGAGUCCGGCCUCUGUUUUAACUGUUUUGUUGCUGAGUGUAAAAGCACUCCGGCUAAGCGACCAUGCAAAAAAGGUGUAAAAUCGGACAUUGAUUGCUCUGAGAUGGAUGGACGUUUGUAAAUUGUAAUCCCCGUCCAAUUGUAUGUUUAUGGCAUUCUUUGUAGAUGUUAUGUUUGAGUUCUGCCUAGGUAUGCACUACAAAAUUUUGUUCA